AUGAAAAUAAAAAAAAAAGAAUUGAGAAAGAAGGCUGCUGAUGCCAAACUGGAACAGAAAAAAACUGGUGGAGGCUUACCACCACCUAGACCGGAUGAACCAUUUGAUGAUGUUCUUUUAUCGAUAAUUAAUAAAAAAACAGUUUAUGGGUUAGAAACACCCUAUGGUGGCGAUGUUUCGAGUGGUGAUGAGGCAGAGCCAUCUGAACAGCCCCCUAAUGACAUUGAAAUUGUGUAUGAGUAUGCCCAAGAUAGAGAAAGCAUGGAUGGGGAUGUUAUAGAAGAAGACCUCUUGGUAAUGCCCAGCCCAUGGAAAAAAUAUACAGCUACCGAUUUGAAAAAACCAUUAUCCUCUGCUCUCAGGACAGAAGGUCAAAAGGAAAAUAAUGGAUUGACGAUGAACUAUUGUGUAGAAACUCCCAACAAAAAUCGGCUCAAUCGAAGUACUCCUGCUUCCAAUCGUCGAAGACCCACCGUACAGGUGAAAGCACUAACCUCUUCUGAGGUAUUUGAGAAGUACAAUCAGUUGAUGGAUAUGCGUCUGGAGAUUGCUGACUUCACUAAAAAACGGCUAGCUCAAGAAUUAGAUCAUUCGAAGGAUAAACAUAAGAAGGAGAUGGAACUGCUGGAUCUGCAAGUUUUAGUAGAAAAGGAAAGGUUGAAUAAGCUUAAACGACUUGAUUAUUAA